AUGUUUUCACGAGAUAAAUAUCACGGCGAGGCAUAUUUGGCUGAUUUGGAAGACUAUGCGCCUAGUAGGACAAGCGAUAGUCUCACAACCCAUUCGUCUCCACUUUCAUGUGAAGAAAGAGGCACCAAAUCAACCAGUUGCGAGAAGGAUUUGCCUGCGAUCGACGGGGGUAUACAAGCAUGGCUAUUUUUAACAGCUUCGGCUGUGCUUGAGGCACUUGUCUGGGGGUGGGCCGGUGCGUUUGGGAUCUUCCAGGACUACUACAGCGUACAUGAACCGUUCAAUGGAUCCAAAAAUAUCGCCGUGGUUGGCACUUGCGCCAUGGGUAUUGCAUAUCUCUUCGCCCCUUUAGUGAUUGUAUUUAUGAUCCUUGUACCCCGUCUUGCUCGGUGGGCAUCGACUAUCGGGAUCGUUAUAAUGUGCGUUUCGUUAGUAUUGGGCUCCUUUGCUCAGAAUGUAACGCAUCUGAUUUUGACCCAAGGGGUCGCCUUUGGGGUUGGCGGUUGCCUCGCUUAUACACCUUCAAUCCUGUUUAUGCCUGAGUGGUUUGUUAAGAAGAAUGGCCUCGCAUUUGGGAUUGUAUGGGCCGGCUCCGGAAUAUCAGGCGUGAUGUUUCCACCCAUCAUAGAAUGGCUACUUGGCCAGUAUGGGUUCGAAGAUACCCUAAGGAUCUCGGCAGCAGCACUAUUCCUCCUCUCAGCCCCAUUUCUCUACUAUCAUAGACCACGCCUUCCAGUGUCUACAGAUGUUCGCCAUGACCGACUCGAUUUCCGUUUUUUAUACAAUAAAGUUUAUCUGAUUUAUCAACUAGGGAAUACAGUGGAAGCGCUAGGAUAUUUUCUACCAACAAUUUACCUGCCCAUGUAUGCCCGCAGUCUGGGUGCCAACGUGUUUCUAAGCUCGUUGACGGUGGCGAUCGUGAAUCUGACAUCAGUGUUCGCCUCUGUACUCGCAGGCUUCCUCUGUGAUCGUUAUCACGUCACUACCGUUAUACUGAUUUCAACAGUGGGCGCAGUUGUAUCCGUUUUCUUUGGCUGGGGGUUUGCCGUUACCAUGCCAGCUCUGUAUGUUUUCUGCGCUGCCUACGGGCUCCUCGCGGGUGGGUUUUCCUCGACAUGGUCAGGUAUGGCGAAUGAAAUCCAAAAGGCGAAUCCAAAUGCAGACGUGGCUGUCAUCUUUCCAUUUAUGGAAUUUGGCCGGGGAAUUGGGAACAUCGCUAGUGGUCCACUAAGUGAAGCGCUGCUUAGAGCGGACAACUGGAGAGGUCAUGCGUGGGGAACCUAUGGUACUGGUUAUGGUGUCCUGGUGGUCUGCACAGGCGCAACCGCAGUGGUUGGCGGAGUAUCGGUGGUAGCCCGGCAGUUAGAUUGGAUAUGA